GUCAUGAGAGUAGAAGAUAGGUUUCAUCUUUAUACUGUAAUAGGUAUUGCACUAUAAACUUUGAUUUUCUAAGGCAUUUUUGGGCAGUAGACAGUACCUGACCGUAAUCAUGGUUAAUGUGAUGGCCAUGUUUGCUGGUUCUCUAGAUCAUCAGAAGAAAGUAAAGUACCUUCUGAUCAUUGAUCGACUCUUACUAUUCUUCCUAAUCAUUCUUGCAUGCUUGUGGAGUUGUCAUGUUGCUGAUGCAGCAGAUAGUAUGGGGGACAAGCUUAAAGUUGGCGAUACUCUCAAUUCAUCAAGUGCAUUAGUUUCUGCCAGGGGGAGGUUCACCUUGCUUUUCUUGCCAAAUGGUUCAAGUUCCAACUACAUGUAUCUGAAUAUUAGGCGACAUAAUGUGACAGGUGCGAAUAAGGCGUGGGUUGCCAACCGAGACUCACCUGUUUUAUAUCCUUUUGGGGUUCUUACUUUGGACUCCAACAACACAUUAAAGAUCAUUACAAACAACACAGGUGGCGUUGGCGAUUCUCCUAUAGUGCUCGGUUCUGCACCAAAAAGUAGUAGUAAUGUGGUGGCUACUCUGUUGGAUUCUGGAAAUUUUAUGCUACAGGAGCUGAACUCUGAUGGAUUAACCAAGCAGGUGUGGUGGCAAAGUUUUGAUUAUCCAACAGACACCUUUUUACCAGGCAUGAAGUUAGGGGUGAACCAUAGCAAUGGGCACAUCUGGUCUCUUACCUCGUGGACAUCCACUUACUACCCACCAGCGGGAGCUUUCACUCUCGGUUGGGAUCCAUAUAGUCGCCAAUUGGAAAUUCGUGGACGGGGGACGGUGUAUUGGAGAAGCCGAAACUACAACCCAAGUAAUAAUAGCUUUGAAAAUAUUAUACAGGAUCACAGGCUUGUGUUCCAAUACAGCAUUGUAUCGAACGAGAAUGAAGAGUACCUUACUAUCAUAACCAAUGACGAUCCAAAUAGUGAAAUAGUAGAAUGGAUGCUGAAUCUUGAUGGGAGACUUUUCAAUUAUUAUGGUACAGCGCUUAAUAUUGCAAGAGCAGACAAGUGUGAAGGCAAAGACACUGAUGGAUUAGGAUGCCAGACAACUGAUUCUUGUAAGACGGACUUUGGUUAUCAAUUUCAGCAAAAGAAGGGUUACUUUAAACCAAUCAUCUCGAGUUCAACUUCAAGAUGCCCAUUUGGGCUUAAGGAUGUUUCAAACUCAACUUAUAACGGUACCAGUUCUGAUUGUGAGGACACUUGCAGGCAAAACUGUGACUGCCUUGGGUUUGAUUUUUUAUUCGAGUAUCCAACUGGAUGCAGAUUUUGGAGUUUAGAUUGUAAAUUCUUUGAAGACUCCACUCAACCAGGUAAUGCAAGCAGUUUUGUAAGAUCAAUGGCACCAACAUCAUCACCCAGCAACAAUAGUGCAACAACUAAAUGGAUUUGGAUUGGGGCUGCUACUAGUACUACUCUUGUGGUAAUAGCCUUUUGCAUCUUGUGCCAUCUACGAAGAAGAAGAAAAUCUGAACAGUCAAUGUCUGCACUAUACUUGAUAGGUGAGUAUGAGAUUGAUCAGCACACUUUGCUGGUCAGGGAACAUGAUUUAAGCAUAUUCAGCUAUGCAUCAAUCAUGGCUGCCACAUGUAACUUCAGUGAAGAAAACAAGCUUGGUGAAGGGGGAUUUGGACCUGUUUAUAAGGGAAAAUUGCCGACGGGACAAGAAAUUGCAGUGAAGAGGCUUUCAAAAUGUUCAGGGCAAGGAAUGUUGGAGUUUAGGAAUGAAUUGAUCCUAAUAUAUGAACUUCGUCAUACAAACCUUGUCCAGCUUUUUGGAUUUUGCAUUCACGGUGAAGAGAGGAUGUUGAUAUACGAGUACAUGCCCAACAAAAGUCUGGACUACUUUUUAUUUGAUACAACUGAAGGCUUUCUUCUUGACUGGCACAAGCGUUUCAGCAUAAUUGAAGGAAUUACUCAAGGACUGCUUUAUUUGCACAAAUACUCGAGAAAGAGAGUAGUUCAUAGAGAUCUAAAAGCUAGUAAUGUACUACUUGAUAAAAGUUUGAAUCCAAAAAUUUCUGAUUUUGGUCUGGCAAGGAUCUUCACACAUAAUGAACUUGAAGUAAAUACUGGGAGGAUUGUUGGAACACUUGGUUACAUGCCUCCCGAGUACGCAAUGAAUGGAAUUUUUUCCAUUAAAUCUGAUGUCUACAGUUUUGGAGUAUUAAUGCUUGAAAUCCUAAGUGGUAGAAAAAAUAACAGCUUCUACAACGAUGAUCGAGUGCUCAAUUUAGUAGGACAUGCGUGGGAGCUAUGGAAGGAAGGUGCAGCGCUACAGCUGAUGGAUUCAAAAUUGAGUGGUUCAUGUAACAAGAAUCAGUUUUUACGAUGCGUAAAUGUUGGUCUACUAUGUGUGGGGGAUAAUGCAGCUAAUCGGCCUACCAUGUCGGAGGUGAUAUCUAUGUUGUCGAAUGAAAGUGUACCAUUACCUGAACCUACGAAACCAUCAUUUUGUACGGAAGAAGUGAUCAUUUCUGCCAUAGUUGGAGACAAACCACAAGUAGGGUCAAUAAAUGGUAUGACCAUUUCCAAUAUGUAUGGACGUUGA